AUGAGCUUUGAUAUGAACCUUGUUAUGAACGUUGGUAUGAACGUUGUUAUGAACGUUGUUAUGAACAUUGUUAUGAACGUUGUUAUGAACGUUGUUAUGAACGUUGUUAGUAACGUUGUUAAGAACGUUGUUUUCAACGUUGUAAUGAACGUUGUUUUCAACGUUGUUAUGAACGUUUUUAUGAACGUUGUAAUGAACGUUGUUUUGAACGUUGUUAUGAACGUUGUUAUGAACGUUUUUAUGAACGUUGUUAUGAACGUUGUUAUGAACGUUUUUAUGAACGUUGUUAUGAACGUUGUUAGUAACGUUGUUAAGAACGUUGUUUUCAACCUUGUAAUGAACGUUGUUUUGAACGUUGUUAUGAACGUUUUUAUGAACGUUGUAAUGAACGUUGUUUUGAACGUUGUUAUGAACGAUGUUAUGAACGUUGUUAUGAACGUUGUUAUGAACGUUUUUAUGAACGUUGUAAUGAACGUUGUUUUGAACGUUGUUAUGAACGUUGUUAUGAACGUUGUUAUGAACGUUUUUAUGAACGUUGUUAUGAACGUUUUUAUGAACGUUGUUAUGAACGUUUUUAUGAGCGUUGUUGUGAACGUUGUUAUGAACGUUGUUAUGAGCGUUGUUGUGAGCGUUGUUGUGAACGUUGUUAUGAACGUUGUUAUGAGCGUUGUUGUGAACGUUGUUAUGAACGUUGUUGUGAACGUUGUUAUGAACGUUGUUAUGAGCGUUGUUGUGAACGUUGUUAUGAACGUUGUUAUGAACGUUGUUAUGAGCGUUGUUGUGAACGUUGUUAUGAACGUUGUUAUGAACGUUGUUAUGAGCGUUGUUGUGAACGUUGUUAUGAACGUUGUUAUGAGCGUUGUUGUGAACGUUGUUAUGAACGUUGUUGUGAACGUUGUUAUGAACGUUGUUAUGAGCGUUGUUGUGAACGUUGUUAUGAACGUUGUUAUGAGCGUUGUUGUGAACGUUUUUAUGAACGUUGCUAUGAACGAUGUAAUGAACGUUUUUAUGAACGUUGUUAUGAACGUUGUUAUGAACGUUGCUAUGAACGAUGUAAUGAACGUUUUUAUGAACGUUGUUAUGAACGUUGUUAUGAGCGUUGUUGUGAACGUUGUUAUGAACGUUGCUAUGAACGAUGUAAUGAACGUUUUUAUGAACGUUGUUAUGAAUGUUGUUGUGAACGUUGUUAUGAACGUUGUUAUGAGCGUUGUUGUGAACGUUGUUAUGAACGUUGUUAUGAGCGUUGUUAUGAGCGUUGUUAUGAACGUUGUUAUGAACGUUGUUAUGAGCGUUGUUGUGAACGUUGUUAUGAACGUUGUUAUGAGCGUUGUUAUGAGCGUUGUUAUGAACGUUGUUGUGAACGUUGUUAUGAACGUUGUUAUGAGCGUUGUUGUGAACGUUGUUAUGAACGUUGUUAUGAGCGUUGUUGUGAACGUUGUUAUGAGCGUUGUUAUGAGCGUUGUUGUGAACGUUGUUAUGAACGUUGUUAUGAGCGUUGUUAUGAGCGUUGUGUGA